ACCCUCUCGACUCGAUUUCAUUCCACACACAUGGUAGCCUAGUGCGAGACAUUUCUCGAAAAAUCCAAACUUCUCGUAAUAUACUGUCUCCAUUAAAUACAUGAAGACUGGAUCGCUCAACGCGGAAAGUUUAAGCAGGUUGCAAGUUUAUUUUAAAUCAUAAUGGCGGCUGAAACAUUGAAAGUGUGCUACAACAAGGGUUGCGGCCAGAAAUUUGACCCAGAUCAAAACAAGGAAGACUCAUGCACGUUUCACCCUGGGGCGCCGGUCUUUCACGACGCCUACAAGAGCUGGUCAUGCUGCAACAAAAAGUCGACAGACUUCACCGAGUUCCUCAACUACAAGGGAUGCUCUCUCUCGUUCCACAACCCAGUCAAGCCGGUCGAAGUAAAGCCUAUCGUCGACAAAUCGACCGCCGACGAAGUCAUUGAAUAUAGGGCCCCCAUUCGCACCGCCCUUCCCAGGGCCGACUUCGAUAGCCCGCAAGUCAUCAUCGAACCCAAGAUUGCAGCAGGCCUGUUGGAGCAGGCACAGCAGCUGGAGCAGUCGCAGACGAAAGACCUGGCCGACGCAUUCAUGCCGUUUGUGCUGCCGCCCGUCGGGACAGCUUGCAAAAACAACGCGUGCAAGGAGCAGUAUGAGGGGCCACACAGCGACCAGGGCCUCUGCACCUACCAUCCAGGAUUCCCCAUCUUCCACGAGGGCAUGAAGUUCUGGUCGUGCUGCACUAAGAGGACCAGUGACUUCGAUGAGUUCCUUAAACAGAAGGGUUGUGAGACUGGCAGACACUGUUGGGACAAGAAAAAGAGCAUGGAGUCGCAGGUGAAAUGCAGGUAUGACUGGCACCAAACGGGCACGCACGUGGCCGUGGCUGUUUACGCCAAGAAGUAUGACCCAAGCCAGUCGAGUGUGAAGCUGAGUUCUGUGCGGCUGAGCAUUAACCUGUACUUCCCCGAGGAGGGCGGCUCCUUCAACCUGGAUAUCGAACUGGGCGGCAUCGUCGACGUGACACAGAGCACUGCCAGCAUGAUGGGUACCAAGCUGGAGGUCAGUCUCCGCAAGGCUGAGCCCGGCUCUUGGACCAGGCUCUUUUUCCCCAGGGCGGUCCAGGAGGUCAAGAAGCCUGAGCCCAGCAAGCUGCCUGAGGAUUCGUUGAAGGAAGACUUUGAGAGCGUCGACCUCAGUGAUCUUUAAAGCUGGAGAUCCAAUUUUUCUAUCCAAACUCUCUUGUAUUUAUGAAUGAUGAUCAUUCUGAUAAAUAAAAUGGUAAAUCCCAUUUAA